AUGCAGCAUUUGUUGAAAGUAAAGGAAACCAAGAAGAAGGAGAGAAUCGUUAAAGGAAGAGAUCUAGUCGAUGUUGUCUUCUCGUGGUCUCUUCUUGAUGUGCUUAACUCAAAUCUUUACAAAGGACAGGUUGAUAAGAUCCCUACCACAUUCUCAUCAACCAAAGAGUAUUUCGAGUCAUUUGUUAAUCCACUUAUUGAGGAGACACAUUCUGCUCUGUUGUCAAGUAUGCAAACGUUACGCCGUGCACCGGCUUUUAAAUUUUUUGGAAUCAAACCAGCCAAAGAUUUCGAAACUCCCAAGGAUUUCUUGUAUGAGGUUUCCUUGCAUAUUAUGUCUGAUACUACUUGCAAUGGAAGUCGAACACAGCUAGAGGUCAACGAUCUUAUUGCGGUUACGGAUAAGAGGCCUGACCGAAUCGAUGACUUGAGAUUUUCCAAUGAGCCUUACUUGCUGGCUCUUGUUUGUGGAGUGAACGAAGAUCACCCACAUUUGAUAACUAUUUUGGCUUCAAAACCUAUCGUUUUCGAGGAUGAUAACCCUCAAACGACAAAGAGAGGAAAGGGUGCGAGGAAAAGCCUAAGCCUCUUUGGGGUUUAUUUGAUCAACAUGAUGACAAAUAUUCGUAUUUGGACCGGACUGCAUCCAAAUCCAGAAGGAGGAAACUUGAAGCUUAUUUCUACAGUGCUUCAAAUCAACAAUGAGUUUGGUGGUGGAAGUUGUGUUCCCUGCCAAGAAAACGGUGAGAGUGUAGUGUCACACAACUUGGAGCAAAAACUACGUUCAUUCAAACUGAAUUCAUCUCAGGAGGAUGCAAUUUUGCGAUGUCUAGAGGCUAAAGAUUGCUACCAUUGCAACACUAUCAAACUUAUAUGGGGACCACCGGGCACGGGGAAGACGAAAACAACAAGUGUUCUGCUUUUGAACCUUCUGAAAAUGAGAUGCAGGACCUUGACCUGUGCUCCAACAAACAUAGCUGUUUUGGAAGUUGCUUCAAGGGUUGUGAAAUUAGUCUCUGAGUCAUUGUGGUUUGGUGGGUAUGGUCUUGGAGAUAUUGUGCUGUUUGGAAAUAAAGAACGGAUGAAGAUUGACGAUCGAGAGGAUCUUUUCGAUGUCUUCCUGGACUACCGAGUUGAGGAGCUGUAUAGGUGCUUUAUGGCUGUGACCGGAUGGAGAGCAAAUGUAAACCACAUGAUCUAUUUGCUCAGUGAUCCGAAAGAAGAGUAUCGCCAGUACUUGGUCAAGAACGGAAUGCCGCGACUACGCCACUCGUUUAAGGAGUUUGUAGAGGUCGGGUUUAGCAGACUAAGAUAUGAGUUGCAUCUUCAUUUCUCAACUUUGUGCCUUCAUUUACCAACUGCUUUGCUGUCCUUUCGAGUGGCAGAAAAAAUGAAUCAGACUAACUAUCUCCUCAGGCACAUCACUGUUUCAGAUAUCAUUUUAAAUAGAUAUUAUCGUAAAGACAAUGGGAAAGAAAAUGGCAGAUUCGAGAAUGAUACAAGAAAGCAAGAUUGUCUGAAGAUGUUAAGAUCGAUUUGCGAAAGUAUCACACUUCCCGAUUUUAUUGGAAAGUUUGAACUUAAGAAACUUUGCUUAGCAAACGCAUAUCUGCUUUUCUGCACAGCAUCAAGCUCUGCCAAGUUACACAUGAGUAGUCCGAUAGAGCUUCUUGUGAUCGAUGAAGCUGCUCAGUUAAAAGAAUGUGAGUCAGCCAUUCCUUUGCAGCUUCCAGGACUUCAACACGCUGUUUUGAUCGGUGAUGAGAAGCAGUUGCCUGCAAUGAUCCAAAGCAAAAUUGCUUCAGAGGCUGAUCUUGGGAGGAGUCUGUUUGAAAGAUUAGUGUUGUUGGGGCAUAAGAAACAGUUGCUUAAUAUGCAAUACCGGAUGCAUCCUUCAAUUAGUUAUUUUCCAAACAGAGAGUUUUACGGUAUGAAGAUCUUGGAUGCUCCUUCUGUGAGAGUCAGAAGUUAUGAGAGGAAGUUUCUUCCUGAGAAAAUGUAUGGACCUUACUCUUUCAUCAACGUAGCCUACGGAAGAGAACAGUUUGGACAAGGAUACAGUUCUAAAAACGCUGUGGAGGUUUCUGUUGUGGCUGAGAUUGUCUCAAAGCUUUACUCAGCUUCAAAGAAGGCGAGAAAACCAAUCAGUGUUGGUGUGAUUUCCCCUUACAAGGCUCAAGUGUUUGCAAUCCAAGAAAAGAUAGGCGAAAAGUAUAAUAGCGGAGAGCUAUUCUCAGUGAGUGUUAGGUCCGUAGAUGGGUUUCAGGGCGGUGAAGAAGAUAUCAUAAUAAUCUCAACUGUCAGGUCUAACGGUAAAGGAACAAUUGGUUUUCUAUCUAACCAACAAAGAACCAAUGUAGCACUCACACGCGCAAGAUAUUGCUUAUGGAUUCUUGGAAACGAGGCGACUUUAACGAACAAUAAAUCAGUUUGGAGGAAGUUAGUAGAUGACGCGAAAAAACGAGACUGUUUCCAUGAUGCAGAAGAUGAUGAAUCAUUAGCUCAGUGUAUGGAAAGAUCCACAACAGCACUUGAUGAUCUUGACAAGCUUCGAAACCAGAAGCUUAUAUCCUUUGAAAAUUCGAUAUGGAAGGUUUGGCUUAGCAACGAGUUCUUGAAAUCUCUGGAGACGAUUGUAGACUCUGAAAUUAACACAAGAAUUAUGAGCUUUUUGGAGAAGUUAUCAAAAGGGGAGCUUCAACAGGAGUCAGAGACUGAGAAUCUAUUUAGACGACAGGAGAUCGAUGAUGGCCUAAGCCUCAUUUGGGCAAUAGACAUUAUCAAGAAAGAGAAUCACCAUGUCCAAGUUCUGAAAAUCUGGCACAUUUUGCCAUCUUCUGAUAUUUCUGGUACUGAGAAAUGUCUAGAGAAGCAUUACAAGAAAUACACGAAAGUGAAGAUAGAACGGUGCAGAUACAUAUGCUCUCAAGGAAAUUUAGUCGUGCCGAUGAGAUGGCCGGUUAAGUCUUUCUCAAAGAAUGACAUUAUAAGCGACGUUUCAAGAUCUUUUGCGUUGCUGAGUGUUGCGGAGGAAACUGUGACGCCCAAACCAAUCAAGAAACAAUGGAAGUUGAGAAAGGUGCGGACGAUUAAAAGGAAGGUUUCAACUUCAACAUCUAACUCCAAAAAAUCUUUGAAUGAGUAUUAA